AUACUAGCAUCUUCUUAAUAUAUAAUGAAGAUCACAAGUACUGUGUACUGGCUCAAAGUUCUAAUUCAGUGACUGUUGCUCCUUGCGUUCAAGAAAAUGAGUCACAAAAAUUCAGAUGGGUCUCAGAUCACCAGCUUAUGAGCACAGCAUUCAAAUUGUGCUUGGGAGUGCCUUCGAAGAAAGACUGGGUUCCGAUCACUCUGUAUCCUUGUGACAAAGCUAGUGAACUUCAGCGAUGGGAAUGCAGAAAUGAGACUCUCUUUGCAAUCCAAGGGGCAGAUUUGUUUUUCAACUAUGGAAACAGACAGGAAAGGAAUAUUAUGCUGUACAAGGGAUCUGGUUUAUGGAGUAGGUGGAAAGUCUACGGAACCACGGACGAUCUGUGUUCUCGAGGCUAUGAAGAUAUCUACACAGUGAAAGGAAACGCCAAUGGAGCACCUUGUGUAUUCCCUUUUAAGUUUGGUGAUAAAUGGUAUGCUGACUGCACAGAUGCUGGCAGAUCAGAUGGCUGGUUCUGGUGUGGAACCACUUCAAACUUUGAUGUUGACAAGAUAUAUGGAUUUUGCCCAUUGAAAUUUAAUAGUAUUGAUCUGUUGUGGAAUACCGAUCCUUUAACAAAUGUCCAGUACCAGAUAAACUCUGAAGCAGCUCUGAAAUGGCACCAGGCAAGAAAAAGCUGUCAACAACAGAAGGCAGAGUUAUUAAGCAUCACAGAGUUGCAUGAACAAACAUACCUGACAGGUUUGACUGGCAGACUGAGUUCUGCUCUCUGGUUUGGUCUUAACAGUUUGAAUUUCAACAGCGGAUGGCAAUGGGUUGGUGGUGCUCCUUUUCGAUACUUAAAUUGGGUUCCAGGACAUCCUUCUCCAGAACCUGGAAAAGUCUGUGCAGCAUUAAAUCCUGGCAAAGGUGCUAAGUGGGAGAAUCGGGAAUGCAAUCAGAAACUUGGCUAUAUUUGUAAACGAGGAAAUGCUACUUUAGAAUCUUUCAUUAUUCCUACAG